AUGAAGAUCACAGUCAUCGGUGCAGGCAUCUCUGGCCUGUCAGUAGCACUUGCAUUAACCAAGUGGCUACCGGAGAAACCGGAUAUCACCAUCAUUGAACUUCGGCCAGAACCUUCAACAAUCGGCGGUGCGGUGGGACUGACACCAAAUGCACUACGCUGCCUACAUCACCUGGGAGUCCUCUCUCGAAUCCACGAGAAUUCACUGGGGGCUACCAUAGACAAAAUCGAACUCUUCACCAUCCACACUGGCGCCAGACUGGGCGAGAUCGGCUUCACUGGGGCACAGGGGGAGGGUGUUGGCCAGCCGCCGUUCAAGGGACUCAGGAUCAUGCGGGCAGAUUUGGUGCAGUCUCUGACCGAAUGUGUUCGGAACCUUAAUAAUGUCCGCUUCGCUUACGGUCGCAGACCAACCCAGAUCAUCGAAUCCGACGCGCAGAUAACUGUCCAUACUGACGAUGGUGACACAAUGACCUCGGAUUUGCUCCUCGGCUGCGAUGGCAUACAUUCCUUCGUUAGGACCAAUCUCGUCGAUCCAGAGAGGACACCGCUCUACACUGGGAUAGCCGCGGUCUUCGGCUUCGCUGGGUUGGACGACGAAGCCCAGGUGCCCUGGAAAGAUACAGGGUUAUGCCAGGCCAAACGAGGGAGUCUCAUGACCAGUUACUACGAACCACAGAGGAAGCGGCAGUUCGUGGCAGCCAUCAUGGAGACAGAAGACGUUAUCUCGAAGGAAGGCUGGCUGGCGCGUGGGUCAGAACAGGACAAGAUCAGGCAAAAUGUGAAAGGUCGUUUCGGCAAUAGUGCCAUUGGCUUCCUCAAUUCCCUCAUUGAUGCCACAGAUCACUGGACGCUGUACCCUGUCUUCAGUCUCGCUCCCCGGGGCAAGUGGUGCACCACGCGCGCAAUGCUGUUGGGGGACGCGGCCCAUGCAAUGCCGCCCCAGGGUGAAAGCACAGGAUAUGCCCUCGAGGACGCCAUCUUGUUCGCUCGAGCAAUGGCAGUCAAACUCGACAAGGGGCUAGACGUUACCUUCGCCACGUAUCAGAAAGUCAGGCGGGAACGUAUCAACAAGGCGUACGACGAGGCCGCCUUCGGCUGGGAAACACAAAAGGAUUGUGGCUGGUUCACUUUCUUGCUGAGAACCUGGUUGACAACUGCAUUCCUCUGGUGGACUGCAGCUGCGCGACAAAGGCGUUACAGCGAGGACGUCACAAAGAUGGACCUAGAAUAA